GAGUGAGGAUUUGCUUCUUAAAUUUUCAUUAAAUGCAAUAUGGCCUGAGGACUCACUCAGACACACUAAUACCACACACAUAAGAGCAUCGAGACUGACUCUGUCACAGUCAGAAACUGGGCGUGAAAGUGUUUAUCUGGGGCUUUGGGAUUAUCAAUGAGCAAAUUACCUCUGAUCCAGCAGAGGGUCUCAGGCAGACUGUGUGCGUCUGCCAGGGACUGAAGACUCCCUCUAGGGCUUAGGAAGGAUGGGAGAAACCAGGGACAAAUGACUGCACUUUAUUUUGAUGUAACGCAUGUAGUCUUUUCUUAACGGCUCAUUAUUGAUACUUCUUUUUGAUAUGAGGCCCCUCCCCUUUUCCUUUGGAGUAUCAGUGUGAGAGUGUUUUGUUUGAGAGUGGUGGCUCAUGCUAAAAGAGGCAGAGAGCUACUCCCAGGAGGAUUCAUUGCUCCUUCAGCCCUUCAUUGCUCUGCCUGGGUGACUUUUCCACCAGCUGCACCCAUGACUCUCCAUAAAUACCUGCUGAAUGGAUUUGGAUUUUAUUAUUUCUUGGCAUUGUUGGCACUUCUUAUGACACAAGCUGACGGGCUGCAAUGUUAUGCCUGUAACAUUGUGCAUAACCAGAGGUAUGUGGACGUAGGCUGUUCCAACCCAGAAGUCAUCACCUGCUCCCACUCCCACAAGGGCUUUAAGCAUCGCUUCUGCAUCAGAACAGAAAGUGUUGCGCUGGGAGUCAUGCUGACUAGUGGCUGCGCGACAGCCCGACACUGCCACACGGAGGAGCUGCCGGGAGUCAACAUCCACUGCUGCGACUCUGAUCUGUGCAACAGCGCCACCCGCUGGCGGACAUCCACACUGCUGCCUGUUUGCUCAUUGACGUUUAAUCUGUUGUUUCAAAGGUUGCUCCUGUGGACGAAAUAACUUUGACCUUCACCACAAAAUCACGGCAGCUACGCUUCCGAUUCGAGACAUACAUACAGGAGGGAACUUGAAAAUAUAACUAUAAAAGAUGUAAACAGACCCUGGAGAAUUAUGUGUGGAUAAACCAAACCUUCACGUAUCACAUCUGAUCUUCAGUUUAAAGUUAUCUUUGGAUCAUUUUUAAAUCAUUAAAUCAUCAUCCAAAAAUAAAUAAAUAAAUAAAAUAAAUUCACUGUAAGCCUCACAGGGACUUUUUUAUGGCCAUGUUGUUGCAUUAAGUAAAAAAUACAAAAAAAAAAAAAUGCUGACCUUUUCAAAGCUUAGAUAUUUUGUUAGAUAUUUUUGUAAUUUCUUUUAACCAACUGGCCUCAAACUGAUGUACCUACUGUAUUAAGUCAAUUCCACUAAGUUCACAGUGUUCUAUCAGAGAAAUCAUUAUCUCAUGUAGCCAGACCUUCACACUGACCGCUGAAGGUCUGGAAUCCAUGGCAGCUUACUUUGGCCAAGGCCCACCCAUGAAGCCAUUUGACUGACAUGUCAAACAACCAAUCACAGUUCGUUUUGUUCAGCGGCACGUUUCGGGGCGUGAAAAUGUUGCCACAUUAACAGACCGGUGUGUAAAACUCUCUGACAUAUUUUAAAGAUUCUGUGUGGCGAACUUAAAAUAUUUGACAUAUUUUUGAUAAUCCAGCAUUUAGUUGAUCCUGAUAAGCGCUCGUCGUCACAGUAGUAAACACGACGGCUUUCUUCUUUGAUGAGGGGGUUUGGCGCCAUGGCAUCUUUGCUUCCAGGUGUUAAUGAAUGUUAAAGAACGUGACACACACGUCUCCUGGAAAUCCUGUAUAAUUCAACCAAUCUGAUGAUGACAUUGAAACUCCUGAAGUGUUUCCACUUUUGUGUGCUGUAUGCAUCAGAUGUUCAGCCAACGGUCCGUGGGCAUGACAUCUUAAACUGAGACUAGUGCCAGGCAUGAUCUGAAACACUGUGGCAGAUAUGAAACCUGCUUUUUUUUUUUUUUUUCAAAUUUAGGGAUUAUUAGAAGUUCUACCAUCAGAAGAGUAUGGAGAUAGAAUUGUUGCAUAAUUCCAAAUAAAUAAUAUUAUUAUGAUCCACAAAUAAACAUAAUUUUUGUAUAAACAAAAUAUUAACAUAUUGACAAAUAAACAGAUUAAGAUCCAUUAAUAAAUCUUAGAGUUUAGCAUACAUGAAUUAAUAAAAAUAAAUUUGCAAAUUAAAAAACAUUCACAAAUAUAUUUUUUGUCACAAACAGAACUUUGCCUGGCAUUCAUUUGUGAAUCCCUGUGUGCAUUUGUGGAUUUUGAAACAUUUGUAGCAUCAAGACCAAGUGUGCUGCACAAGUCAUGAAAAGUGAAGCCAAAUCGUCUCAAUCGCACACAGGUGACUGGAUGCAGUAUAGGUCAUAAACCCUGCCCUCUCCAUCUAAUUUAAUAGGACCUGAGCCAAAACUGGACAAUCAAAUUACACUUCAAAUAUAUAUUUUUUCCAAAGACAUUUUCUGUCAUUUUAGGUAGUUCUUGGCAUGCUGACAUACUGUAUGUUCAAGUGUUCGUUUUUCUAAUAAGUUUGCUUUUAACUAGUUAUUUGAAAUUGAUGCUAUAAAACUGAGGUGUGGUGUGUCAUGAUUGUGAGCUUGCGAUUGGGUCUGCAGGACUUUGGGUGGGACUUUAAUUCCGCGGCUCCACCUCGUGAUUACUACUGCACAGACUCUGGCUCCAAAUAACAUCAUUUUCAUGAAAGGACAGCAGCCAUACUGUGAAUGUUUUGGCUUCACUUUUCUAUAGUGGAAGGAAGUGGAGACCUGCUGUCGUCCAUCUUUUUUACAGUCUAUGGUGAAGACACUGACAAUCCACAAAUGUGUGGACUCCACCCACCGUCUACUCAAGCCAAACAGAUAAUAGCCACACUUCGCUGACCAAUCGUAGCACGUUCUCGCUAUAACCAAUCACGUUUUACUUUACAUUCAGGGCGGUCUCGUCCUGAAAUACCCUCAUUCAUCUGCAUUGGCUCA